AUGGCACCUUCAGCCCCCUUCAACCCUCCUUCUGCGGACCUUGCGGGCAAGCCUUUCGUGCCAACAUGGAUUCCUCCCCCGGUAACUCAGCAAAAGGAGAACUUUGCUGAGCUCAGUUCCAUUGAUCUUUCUUUGAUGGACUCAGAUGACCCUGCCGUUGUUGACGACCUUGUCCAGCGGGUCAAAAUUGCUAUUCGCGACGACGGGUUUCUGUUCUUGGAGAACUACGGAAUCUCUCUAGAACAGCUUCACCGUCAAUUUUCUCUUGCCCAAUAUUUAUACCACAAUAUCAGCGAAGAAGACAAGGAGCGUCUGCUGUUCAACCCUGAGACUGGUGAAUGGUCCGGCUACAAGCAUCCCUUUGGAUUCAAGCGCACCCCCGGGCCCGAAGACGGAAUUGAGCAGUUCAACUGGUACAAGCCUGACUGGGAGGAUAUCAACCGUGUGCCUAAAUGCCUGCACCCCUUCAUGGAUGAGAUUGAGGCGUUCUCGAACUACUUGACAAAGUCCGUCAACCGCCGUCUCCUCACUCUCUUCUCCCGCGUUCUCGAAUUGCCCGAUGACUACCUUUGGGAUAAUGUGCAGUCCCACGGCAGCCCAACCGGUGAGGGCUACUUCCGUCAUGCACUAUUCCGGCCCGUCCAGAAGAAGACCCAAGAGGCUUCCAAGGGCCUCCGUAUGCACGGCCACACCGACUUUGGUCUGACCACACUCUUGUUCUCCGUUCCUGUCUCUUGCCUCCAGAUCUGGGGCCGCGACGAGCAGUGGUACUACGUGCCCUACAAGCCCGGUGCUCUUGUCAUUAACAUCGGUGAUACCCUGGAGAUUGUCUCUGGUGGUCACUUCAAGGCUACGCGUCAUCGUGUCUACAAGCCUCCUGUCGACCAAAUUGACCAGGAGCGUCUCUCUUUGGUCCUUUUUAACAGCUCUGUUGGGGAGUUGCGCAUGGGUCCUGCCUCAGCUUCACCUCUAAUUCAACGAGAAGGUUGUAUCGAAGAGCAAGGCGUCUAUAAGGAGUUCAAGAACCUCACAUCCCAAGGAAAGCUCGUACCCACCAACCGCCAAUGGCGCGAAAUCCAGAUUUCCACUGCUACCGAUCCUACGGACCAGAUCCGCAACAGAGUUGGUGCUGAUCAGGUACUCAUUGACGGCAAGAUCAUGCAUCAACGAGAGUACAUGGGUGUUAAGGUUGUCCUGCCCGUCUGA